AUGAAGCUUAAAAUCGUUACUCUUGGUAUUGUGACUGUCAUGUAUCUGCUUUUUCUUCUGACCACCUACCCCUAUGAUGGAGACAGUAGAGAUGUUUAUGGAACUGGUGAACAAGAAUGGAUGAUGAAGAAUCAUCUGAUGUUGCCGUCUCCCAAUGGUGCUGAUCUGAACGAGAAGAAUUUUGUAACUACAAAGAAAGGAGGGUUUCAGUCCAAAAAGGAAUAUCUUUUCUUACAAUCUUUGCAGACAUGGCGAUCUAAUUCUGAGCCAGGAUCCAACCCCGAGCACAAUGCAGUUGGUCCCGCUGGUGAGAAGAACUUUGCAGGAUUGGAGUUGAAAAAGAAACGUGUUUUACUACUUUCCCUUCAAAAGCAGGGACCUGUUACUUCUCCCGGACCGAACCGAAAGCACAAUUCAAUUAAGCCUCCACCACCCAAUCCAAGCCAUAAACACCGCGUCAACACAUUCCCUGAAAAGAACUUUGCAAGUUCUGAGUUGAGAAACCAACAUGUUUUACUACCUUCCCUUCAAAAGGGGGGACCCGUUACUUCUCCAGGAUCCAACCCAGGAUACAAUUUACCACCCAGUCCAAGUCAUAAGCCAGUCAGCACAUUCAAUGAAAAGAAUUUUGCAAGUUCUGAGUUGAGAAGCCAACAUGUUUUACUACCUUCCCUUCAAAAGGGGGGGCCUGCUACUUCUCCCGAACCAAACCGAAGGCACAAUUCAAUUAAGCCUCCACCACCCAAUCCAAGCCAUAAACACCCCGUCAGCACAUUCACUGAAAAGAACUUUGCAAGGGGACCUGUUACUUCUCCCGGACCAAACCGAGGGCACGAUUCAAUUAAGCCUCUACCACCCAAUCCAAGCCAUAACCACCCAGUCAGCACAUUCAGUGAAAAGAACUUUGCAAGUUUUGAGUUGAGAAACCAACAUGUUUUACUACCUUCCCUUCAGAAGGGGGGACCUGUUCCUUCUCCAGGACACAAUUUACCACCCAGUCCAAGUCAUAAGCCUGUCAGCACAUUCAGUGAAAAGAACUUUGCAAGUUCUGAGUUGAGAAGCCAACAUGUUUUACUUCCUUCCCUUCAAAAGGGGGGAUCUGUUACUUCUCCCAGACCAAACCGAGGGCACAAUUCAAUUAACCCUCCACCACCCAAUCCAAGCCAUAACCACCCAGUCAGCACAUUCAGUGAAAAGAAUUUUGCAAGUUCUGAGUUGAGAAACCAACAUGUUUUACUACCUUCCCUUCUAAAGGUGGGACCUGUUACUCCUCCAGGACCCAAUCCAGGAAACAAUUCAGCACCCAGUCCAAGUCAUAACCCAGUCAGCACAUUCAGUGAAAAGAACUUUGCAAGUUUCGGGUUGAGAAGCCAACAUGUUUUACUACCUUCCCUUCAAAAGGGUCCUGCUACUUCUCCAGGACCUAACCCUGGACACCAUUCAAUUAGUUCAAUUCAUCAUAAGAACUUUGCAGGUUUGAAAAUGAGAAAGAACCAUAUUUCUCUUCCAUCUAUGAAACUGCGGCCAAUUACUCCUCCAUGA